ACUGCAGUUACUGGGCCAGGCGCGCGUGUGUGCUUUUCUCUCUUCUUCGUCGUCGUCGUCGUCUUCUUCUUCUUCUUCUUCCUCCCUACGCUGGCCGGCGCAUCGUCGUGACCGUUCUCUCGUCGACAAGCACGUCGGCCGAGCCACGAUGCUCAUCGGCGUCGAAUAAUCACGGCAUACGCGCGUGUGGAAAAAGCACUAGCUGGCUGCCGCUGAACGAGAGCGAGCGUGCGCGCGCGCGCACGCCUCUGUGUCAUCGGCGAGGUACAAUUAAAUCACGCAGUUCGCGCGAGUGUACUGUCACACCAGGACCAGUUCGGAUCGACAGAUUACCGGUCCCCGUCGGAGCAGCUGGACCAACCGAGAAAAUCGCCGAUCCUCGGAUUUCCGAUCGGCCAAAGUGUCGCUUCCAACACACCGGGACACGUAUCCCGCGGAUUCCGGCCCGGUAUCGCGACUAUUCCCGGUGGUGCACGAUCGGAACGUGAUUAAGAGUGACGAUAGUUCGAACGGUGACCGGGGAGACCAAGCGCGCGAUACACGCGCUCCGUCGCGCAGUGAAAAGAACCGGUAUGCUAAUGGCCAGUUUACCCGAUCGCGGGGAACGUUACCGUAAAUCGAUGACGAGCUGACGCGUGCAACGCUCGCACGGUGACAAGCCAAUCCAAUCAAUCUGUGCAUGACUUUGGUGCAUAUUCGCGAGAGUACGUUGGAUUCCGUUCUAUCGUGAGGCUACGCGGGUGAAGUGCUUAGUGAUCUCUAACUGUAACCGAGCUAGCUCAGACUACCUGCUUCAGGAUAUUGUGCACGUGAACACGCGAGGAGAACAAUUAGCCAAAGCAACCCAGUGACAAUUCCAACCUCGUCCAAACUGCCAUAGUUUCUUACGAAGUGACAGUGAAGCCGGAUCAACCCUCUGUCUCUCGAGCCCCCCGGCUCAUCACGGCCGUUCACCAUUACGGAUCGGCCAUCAUCCAGCCAUCGUCGAGAACCAAUGUCACCUCUCCGUCAUACCCAGUUAACGUCGUUUCCCUAAACCGUGCCCAGUGACCGGUCGUCAAGCGUGUAACAGAGGCCCCAAGAUUCGGGCCCCGUACGGUGUUCGCGCGACGGCGGCGGCGACGACGUCGUCGGCGAGUUUGUCCGCGAGAACCGUAGGCUGUGGCGGCGGCAUCGACGUCGCGACUAAGGUGGAGCGUCCGGGCAGCACGACGACGCUCAACUUCACGGACCUGGGGAGCCCAUUCGGGGCGGGCGACCCCUGUCCGUCUAGUACCCCGACCCCGAACAGCAUGUCGGGAGGCGGUGGACCGUCCGGCGGAGGCGGUGGCGGCGGUGGCGGUGGUGCAGGUGGCGGUGGCGGUGGUUCCGACAUGGAACAGCAUCUUCAUCACACGGGGUUGGGCUCGGUGACACCUGGACCACCUGGUGGCAAUGGCGGUGACAGUACAACGUCCAGCACGCCGGUUUCGCAAAGUGGAAAAUCGGCGUUCAUCGAGUUGCAACACAACAAUCUGUACAAUCCCGCCAGUCUACGUGGUGGUUAUCCCGGCGGACACAAUGUGCCCGGUGCCCAUCAGUUCUCGCAUCAAGUCGGCGCGCUAAGUCACCAAACGUCCGGACCAGGCAGCGGGAACCAGCAACACGCGGAUGCAGGAUUCCCCAGUCCUAGGUCCGCGCUAGCCGGAUAUCCGUUCGCGCCCAUGCACCAGCACAACGCCUACGGAUAUCACCUGGGAUCGUACGCGCCCCAGUGCCCCUCGCCGCCCAAGGACGGUGAGUACACCAACUACCUCUCGCCAUUGGGUGACAAGGGUGGCAGCCUCGUGGACGAACUCGGCGGCGGUGGCGGCGGUUCCCUGAGGAACGGCAAAGGCAAGAAGAUGAGGAAACCACGGACGAUUUACAGCAGCCUGCAGUUGCAACAGCUCAACAGGCGGUUCCAGAGAACGCAAUACCUCGCGCUACCAGAAAGAGCGGAGCUCGCGGCGAGCCUUGGGCUGACGCAAACGCAGGUGAAAAUCUGGUUCCAGAAUAGAAGAAGUAAAUACAAGAAGAUGAUGAAGGCGGCGCAGCAGGGCGGCGGGGGCGGCGGAGGCCAGCACGGCAGCCUUCUAGCCGGUGGAACCGCUNUACCUGGAGGACCAUCCCCUCAACCAGGUCAACCCGGAAGUCUCAUGCAAGGAGGAGGCGGAAGUUCCGUGUCGGGCAGUCCGACGACGGGCUACCUCGGCGGCAUGGGUGGCGGCGCAGGGGGUCACACCCCCGGCAGUUCGAGUCCCGGAAGCGAGAUGUCGCCUCAGCACAACGAGAGCCCGCCCGCACCCUCUUGGCCGGGCGAGAUGAAGCACCAUCCGCAUCCGCACGCGCCACCGCACACCCACCACCACCCCCACACGCCCGGACACCAUCCACCGCCGCCACCACCGCCGCCGCACCACGCGGGCUACAUGCCGCAGUACUCGUGGUACCAAGCGGAUACUAAUCCCGGACUACUCACGGUGUGGCCGGCGGUUUAACGAAGAUGUCCUUCGAGCUGUGUUCAGGAGGAACCGCUUCUUCGUAGCACCGCGGACGUGCCAGCGCCCCUGCCCCAAAGUGUGAAUACGUAUAGCACCUGUCGCGAUGGAAUUCGCGUUCGAUGUUAAUAAAUUGUUUCUAUUUCUUAACGAGAGCCGCGUGUUCACCGACCGGUUUUGCGGUCGGUAUCUACGAUGGGCCGUCCGUCGAGGCGACAACUAUCGAGGCGUCGCGAUCGCGUGUCCCUCUCUCGGGCAGCCAUUCGCGAUGGAAACGAGCGAGAGGAAGGAUCCCGGGAAACCUAGGGUCCCGGGAACGCGGAAUUCUCGCGCGAGUCGCUUCGUUACUCGAAAACGUUCGUCGCUGGAUCGAGUGAUCGCGAGUGGCGAUCCGCGAGCCGAUCCGUUCGAUCCGAAUUCGCGUCGACGGUAUCGUGGAACGUCCGUCGACGAGGACGAGCGAUCCGGUUUCUAAAGGACGAAGGGUGGAAGAGGGACGGCCCUGAGAUCGCACGGCAGACAACGGCGCGACGUAAGAAUCAUCGAAUAGAUAUAAUAGCGUCUCCUCGAUCGGAGAUCGACGGCGGAUCAUCGUUCUCGUUCGCCUCGCGAGCUUACCGAUCUCUUCUUCGUCAUCGAAUGCGGAACGUGGUAUUUCGGCUGGAGGAUCGACCGAUCUAAUCGCGGCUAAGGAUCGACCGAAUUUCUCGACGAUCGCGAAACUGUUACGCACGCGUGGACGAAAGACGAUCGUGCCGCUCGUUUGACUCGAUUAAACGCGAAGAUGGCGAACCUGGCGGCGAUGAUCCUCUCGGUUCUCGGACGUUUUCGCCACCACCAUGGGAGCCGAUCUCUCGCGUUCUAAACGGUUCGCCACAACGAUUCCUCGGUUUCCCUCGUAAAUGUCAAUCCGUUGGUCGAUGACGUUAGAUCGGUCGAUCCUUUGUGACAGUUGCCCAACCGAGGCGGCUGACCCACUUCGUGCUCUGGAAGCUGGAUCUCGUCGGAUGAAACGGCGACAGAGCGAGAUGAGAACAGAAAGGCGGAGGAGCAGAGAGGGUAACCGCGAAAGGGGAGGCGAGAGGGAGGAACGGAGAGGAGACGCGGCUGAGGGAAGAGGGAGAACGGGAUAGAGAUAGAGGGAGAGAGAAACGUUGCACAAACUCGUCGUCGGAGAAACAGUCGUUCCUCAAGGCGGUUGGAAGUAAUGAAAUCCUAAUGACAUUUUCGUGAGUCAAACGAUCUCGGCAAUCACGGUGGCGCGCUGUAAUCACCGGUCCCUCCUUUCCGGAUGAAGCAACCGAACGGACGGGCGACCCUCCUCCGAAAAGGAGCGGAGGACACCGAGAGAUACGCGCGAUUUACCACGAAACCCGGGGCCGUGCACAGCCAGUGGAAAAAAUCAUUAUCUCGGUCGACGACGCGGCGGACAGUUCUGACAAGUGCGCGUUCAUUAAAUUCGCGAGGGAAAGAAAAAGAAAAAGAAAAAGAAAAGGAAGGAAAAGAAAAGGAAAGAAAGGAAAAGAAAAGGGAAGAGAAAGAUCGGCGAAAGCACAGGCUGGAUGGAGCAUCGAGCGGAAACACCUGUCGACGACACUUUCGUCGCGCGAUCUCUCCUCGAUCUCGCGAGAUCUCUUUCUCCUCUUGCUCGUCCGCGAAAAAUUCCCUUUCUUCCGACGCGUUCCACCGACGUUCGUCCUUCUCCAUCGACAUCGCGAGUCACACCGAGAGAACGUUUCCAGGGGUUUUACGCUGUUUUUACCGUUUCCCGUCGGCCAUGCUGGGUCACCCUUUGCCAUCUUGCCAUCUCGCCAGCGAUAUAGCUAGCUAGCUUUCAAAUAGACGCCACGAAACCGCAGGAGAAAGAGAAAAAAGGGGGAAAAAAAGAACGACGCUUGCGGUUUGCGACCAGGGGAAACUGGGAGGGCCGGUGAGCCCCACCGCUGACCCAAAUCCUCCGGCGUGUCGGUGCAACAAUGGUCGUCUCAUGAGAACGCGGUCUCGCACGGUCCCUUUACUUCCUCAUUCUGCCUUCUUUUUCACCUCCGCCUCCGGAGAUGCCAUAUCGCCUGGCCGACAACGUCUAGCCGACAACGUCUGACCGGGGUGUCGCGGGACCUCGCCAACGUCGAGGUAACCUGCUCCAAAGUACACCGAGUCCUCUCCAACUUUCCAAAUACUCCAAAUUUUCCGAUAUUCCCUUUCAUCGUUUGGAGAAGCGAAGAAGAGGCGAGACGGCGUCAGAGACGAUGGAGAGGUUGCCUCGGCGAAGUUACGUCUCGCGUUUCCCCGGCGAUCCCCGUUAGAACGUUUCCACGAGCACGCUCGAGCUUUCCCAUCGUGAAACUCUCGACAUGGGAACAGAGUACAAAGCCAGUUUCACGCCGCUGGACAUCUGGAGCCAUCGCGUGUUACCUCGAAAUCCGCGAGAAAGAACUAGCCUAGUGCGGCGGACUGGGAGCGGAGAAGAGAACGAGCGACGACGUGGAUCGACGUCGACGCGAUUUUUCUCCCGUUCCGACUCGGUGCAAAUCUUCCCAUCGUCGACGGCCACGAGACCCCGUCGUCGUCGUCGUUCGGCGAUCGGCAUACGCGGCGUCACGGUGCACGCCUCGGCUCGGCUGCGACGACGACGAGUGAUGGAGAUGGAGAUGGAGAUGAUGAUGAUGAUGACGAUGACGACGACGAUUCCCUCCGUGUAUACUAAUAAGUGCCGUUAGACUGGAGCGCGGAGCCGCGAGGCGCGGAACGGAGACGGGACCGGUGUGGUUCUCGCGUUUAGAUUCGGUGCAAUAAAGAGACGUGUGCGUGUAUAAUUUAAGACGAAGCUCCCUCAGUUCCUAAAUUGCGUGUAGAGCGAGUAAAUUGCGAAAAACAGCGUAAAACGAUUGGACGCGCGGCGAACUGGACGAAAGCGUUGCUCUCCGAUGGCUGCGACCACCGCGGGUACCGUUACCCCGAUUUUUUCGUCCCCGACUUUUCGUCCAGCGCCUGGGGAUCCGGGCGAGCAGAGAAAAAGGAUCGAGGAUGGAAAAAGGAGAUAACGGGGCGACCGUGUGUCUGUGUAUAUAUACGUGUAUAUACGUGUGUCGUUCGCCGCGAGUGCAAACGCGUCGCGGUUUAGCUUUGUCACGCUUUCGUCGAGUUCGCGGGAUAACAGAAUGGCCGAGGACGAGCGAAACGGACUUUAACGCGGCAGAGAAAACGAAGGACGAGAGCGCGGAAUGAGUGGUUGACGAAGAGAAGACGGUGUGUAAUGGGACGACGAAGAUCGUGCGUGGAACGGGAUAUAAUAUACGGAAGGAGAAGAAAACACGGGAAAGAGAGAGAGAGAGAGAGAGAGAGAGAGAGAGAGAGUGAGAGAGCGUGAGAGUGAGACGAUGGAGAGGAGACGAGGAGUCCGUAGAAUUUACUAGCGUUACUAGUCCCGGUGCAAGCCGAGCGAGGAUCGAAUCGAGCGGCGUGAACAGAUUUAUAAGAUCGAUCCUCUCGUGUGCGUGUAAAUAUUGCACCGGGGCCCACACCCCUGUUAGCAAGUAAGCCGUAAAACAAGUGAAGAAAAAUCUGUGUAAAAUACGAUAUUGUGAUAAGAUGUGUAAAGAGAUGACGAGAGGAAGCCAGAAAUCGUCUAUAUACAUAUAGGUUAAUAACAACACGGCAG